GUCGACUCAAGAUUGAGGGAACUUGACAUCUCACGAGAGCAGUUCGGCAGAAAGGUCUACAACGUAUGCUAUCUUCAUGGCCUGGUUAAGUAUCGAGAAAAGCGUAGACCUUGCUACCUGGCUUUCCUCGAUCUAGAGAAUGUCUUCAAUCCUCUCCCGCGACAGGUCCUCUGGAGAGCGCUCCGAGAACGAAACGUUCCAGAACAUCUGAUUUCUUCGGUCAGAGACAUGUACUGUACGAUGGGUCUACGAAGGCAGUACGCACCCACACGGCCUGACUGA